AAAAAAAAACUUUUUUUUUUGCAAAUAUUGAGAACAGGAGCAUAUAAUAACUACUCGAUUCAACGGAAUUGACACAUUGAAGGAGAUCAGUGGAGCGAAACGUUUCGCAAGUUAAGCCACAGCGCGCCUAAAGCUUCCUCGCAUCGCAGACUGAAUUGUAUCGCCAGCAGCACCGCCGUCGCCUCUCAGACGCCAUCUCCCUGCCCUGCUCCCAGAUUCCAGACAACAUGUCACGUAGUGUGCGCGCCGAGACACGCAGUCGGGCCAAGGAUGACAUCAAGCGCGUCAUGCAGGCGGUCGACAAGGUGCGGCACUGGGAAAAGAAAUGGGUGACCAUCAGCGACACGACCAUGAAGAUCUACAAAUGGGUGCCCAUAUCGUCCAACAGCGAGAAGAAGUCCAAGCUGCAGCUGAACAACAAACUCAGCGACAAGGAGAACUCGCAAAAGGGCACGCCCACCCCGCCUCAAAUAACGCCCAGCUACGCAGGGCUCACGGCCGAGGACUCCAAUACUUGCUUCUCAGUGGUGAGCGACAGUCAGGGAGCUGACUUCGUGUCCAGCAUGCCCUUCUCCGAGGACUCCAACUCACAGGGCAGCGAUGGGCCGGUGAAGCGCCUCAAGACGAGUGAUUAGCUAGCCGUCCACAUUCACCACACAUUUAUCAGCUAAGCCAAUCACUGUGGGCUGUGGGCUGUUG